AUGCUGAGGCUCUCUUUGAAACGCUUCCAAAUGUCAUCCAUCAUUCUAAUGGUGGUGGUGAUAAUGAUGGCAGUAGCAGCAGCUCUUUCCACACUCAUCACCAAUGUACAUGCAGACAUGUCCUCUCCCAUCAUUUCACCCAACGAAUAUCCUAGCUCAGUUCGCACUCCCCAAUUCAAACUCUAUUGGAAAUUCCACACUCAAACACCCAAUCUCUUACAAUCGACAGACAUGAUUGAAUUUGCCAUUCAAGCUCACACUCGAGGAUGGCUCGCUUUAGGUCUCGACUUUCAAGAUGGUAUUGGUAUGAAACAAGCUGAUUGCUUUAUUGGAUUCUUUGAUGAAGAAACUUCUCAACCCAUGAUUUAUGAUUUUUGGCUUCCAGGAAAAUCCAUUCCCAAGAAUGAUACCUUAUUUGGAGGAGUGGAUAAUAUUCUACAACGCACAGGAAGUCUCUCUUCACAAGGAGUAACGACCUUAAAAUUCACACGACACAUCGAUACAGGAGAUGUUCAUUCGGAUCAUGUCGUGAAAAACAAAACCAUUGCCAUUAGUUGGGCUUUCAAUGUUCACACUCGAGACAUUACACAGAAACAUACCUAUCAUGGAGAUUUUGAAGUGAAUUUAGUGACACAUGUGGGAGAGUUGAAUUUGUAUCCAGAACCUAUUUUGCAAUUUCAUUUGAUUGCUACUGGAGGUGUUGCGUUGGUGAUGAUUUGCUUUGGUUUGUCGUAUUCAAUUUUUUCCAUGAAGGAGAAGAAUUUUUUUAUCGAUUUUGUUUUCCAUAAGAGGUUAUUUAAAUUAAUUAGGAAUCGAUUUUUGGGGUCCUUGUUCAACUCGAUUCUUGAUUUAACUUUGGGAGAGGUGUUUUUGGUGAUGUGUCAUUUAUGUUUGGUCGCCACAUGGUUUUUGUUUGGAUUUUUUAAUUCCACUUCUUCACAGGUGGCAAAAGGUUUGGCCUAUGCGUUGAUUUUCAGUUUGUCAACCACUCUCUUGCCUAUGACACGUUACUCGAUCUUUAUUCAUGUGUUUGGAAUUUCAUUUGAGAGAGCUGUGAAAUUCCAUAAAUGGGUAGCUCGAAUGAGUUUUUUAUUGGCCACAAGUCAUGGCAUCAUGAUGGUCAUUGCAAGAGCCAAUGACAACAACUUGUUGGAUUUGGUGAGUGUGGAAUCACCUGAUUUUGUAUUAUUUGGACCUAUUGCUUGGUUUUCCUUGUUAUUCUUGAUGAUUUUCUCGUUGCAAACAGUUCGAAGAAAAUUAUGGGAAUUAUUUAAGGCAGUGCAUUACUUGUUUGUUCCAACUCUAUUGGUCAUGAUUUCAUUGCAUGGAAAAGGAUGGUCUCGAACACUACCAGUUUUGUCCAUUUCAUUGUUUUUGUUGUUGGUGGAUCAUACAUUGAGAUUGGUGUUGGGAUAUUUCGUUCCCACUCGAGUCUCUCGUUUGGACUACAAUGAAGAAACACAAAUCACGACGUGUGUAUUUGAAAAACCACAAUUUGCAUUUUGGUCUUUGGAUCGAGAAAGUUUGGGAAUGGGCAAAUUUGUGUAUGUGUACUUGCCAAGAGUGAGUCCAUUCCAAUCACAUCCAUUCACUAUUAGUAGUUACACCAAAUUAGAUUCGAGUGUGGAAUUCACCUGUCAUGUGAAAAAUUUAGGUCAUGGAUGGACACAAUCACUCGCCAAGGUGGCCCAAGAAAAGGAUCACUCCUCAACAGAAUUAAUGGUUCGUGUCGAAGGACCGUAUGGUAAACUUUCGGUCCAUUUACCUUCCUACUCGACCGUGAUAUUGGUGGCAGGAGGAAUUGGCAUCACACCGAUUCAUGCCAUUUAUUCGGAAUUGAUGGCUCAUAAGGGAUCAAAUCAAAACAUUUAUUUGGUGUGGACCAUGCAAAAUAAUGCAUUGUUGCAACUUUUUCCAGCUCUGUUGAAUCAGAAAGAGAAUGUGAAACAGAGUUUCUAUUUCACACGACAGGAACAGUUUAAUGCAGCUGCUGUUAAUGGUCAUUCAGAUGCGAGAAUGCACUUUGGAGAACGACCCAAUUUUACCAAGAUCUUGGAGAACAGUGUCAUGUCAAGUGUGGAUUCAUUAAGUGACAAAUAUGCUGCUGUGGUUGUGUGUGGACCUCAUGAAAUGAUUGUCGAUGUGAAUAAUGGAGCAAGAAAUGCCUCGAAAUCGACUGGUGUGAAGUUUCACAUCCACAAAGAAGUUUUCGAGCUUUAA